AUGACUGAAAGAACUCUAGUUCCAAUAUUCGUCUUCUGGGCUUUCCUUACAAUAAUCACUCCUACGCUUAUUCUCUUGUCAGAGAAUUCGAAGGCAGACCUUGAUUCAAAUGGAAAUACAACUGAGGGAAUGAAGCUAGGAAGAAUGAUUGGGCACACACAGAAUUAUAUCAGGAAAACAUCACCGACACCAACCAAGUUUGAAGCUGAACUGGCCCCAGAACCAGCCCCAGAACCAAUACCAACUAGCACCAGAGUUACUCCAACUGUGUCACACUCACAUCAUAAUCAUACUCUUAUACACAAUACAACCGAUGAUGGGCUUACCCUCUCUUCUCCCAGAAUACACGUUAAAGUCAAACUAACAAAUAUCAGAUAA